AUGGCGCCGUACAAGAUCGUCCUGAUCCCUCCUAAAGGUGAUAGGCUUGAUCUUGUGCUCCCGUUCGAUGGCAGUUCUACCUUUCAAGACCUCACUGCAGCUGUGAUUCGGCGCGCUUCAAAAUAUUGCUCCCUCCCUUCCAACAUCCGACAAGACCAUUUGAAACUCUGCCUAGGCUCUGAAGAGGGCUUCUUGGUCGACCCAGAAGAUGUCGUACAAGACGUGAUCACAACCUCUGAUGUCCUCUUCAUCGUCUUCUUUGACGGACCGUCAGGGAGAAUAUCUGCACAAUUCAAAGAUGACGACCUCUCCUCGGCCGAACAUGCACUUCAAAUCAGAGUUGUCACACCUGAGAUAGCCGAGCGAAAUCUUGAAACUCGUCAUAUGACCUCGUUGCAAGAGGGCCGACACUAUCCACCUUCUACCACAUUGGCACAGCUCAAGUCCGAUAUUGCGCAUCACCUUCACCUACCAUCCGUCCCGUCUGAUGACUCUUGGGAGAAGAUGGAAUGCAAUUGCAAAUUAGCGGAGCUCCUGGUUAAGAGAGGAAUCUGGGAAAAGAUUACUUGUAAUGGACAUACCAUGUUUAGCUGUGCCUUCCAAUAUUCAGCCCCCACGGCCGAUCGGAACUGUGCCAAAUGCUCUCAGCCUUUGGCAACUCAUACCACGAUGUACGAUGGUGGCAUCUGCCAGGCGUAUGUACUUCGCCGGAUAGAUCUUCCGUGUGGACAUACGAUCCAUUCAAAAUGCCUCUCUGCCGGAGAAGAUUUCGACUGCCCCCAAUCGUGUUACUCCACGAACCAGCCACAGCCACUGUCUUCGCGACACCUUCUGGUCGUCUCUGGACACGGUAAUGUCGAAAGACUUGAGAUGACAUCCAACCAUCAUUCGGCCCUGAUGGGCAGACUCACUGAACGUUUCGGAGAAAACUUCACCGAUGAAAAGGCUGUUUUUUAUAAGGGUGGCUUUGGUGAUGAAAAUAUGUAUACACGGCUGCCUGUUGUCGCGGUCUGCUCUUCUCACAGACACAAGCAUGAUUCCGAUACUAUCCCGGCUGGCGAAAAUCUUUGCCGUGUCAAGCUCGAUCUUCACACUAUUGAAGGGCCUAUCAAUACCGCGAAUCUCAAUCUGACAAUGAAGGAUAUGAGAUUAGCCGACCUGGCCGUAAACGGUGUUCUGACAAUCUACGCCGUCCACUGGACCUCCACCGGCAGUGAAAAGCAUGCCAAAAGCCAAGAUGCAAUGUUCACUGCUGCGUCACACUGGAAACUGCCUACUGUUCAAUCUGAUCGUGGCAUGGCUGCAGCUCUGGCUUCCCUUCGAGUAUUCGCUCACAUUAUUGGCUCUGAAGACUUCGACGACGUCCGUCAGAAUGAGAUCCUCAAGGCCGUCCACCUCCUCACCCGUUUUCCGCCAGCGGUCCGAGCUACACACAUAUUGAUGGAUGGCAAGACUUUGCAAUCAAAUGAAAGUGCUGCUCUUGUCCAGAGUCUUGCCGCGGUUGCCGAGGAAUUAAUCCCUCUGAGUCUUAUUGGUAGUGAUGUGAGACGCAGGUUGGAAGGCGCCAGAUUGGUCCUUGGACUUAUUUUGCAUCGUGUACGAAAAGCAGAAACCGUCAAGGGGGAAACAAUGAAUUCUGCUUCGACUUCUAGUUCAAAAUUUCCCUACAUCGCCGCAUACCACACCAUCGAUCUGAGAGACAUCAAAACCCUAGAACCGGUCACGAACCCAGUCUUGACGAACUUUGGCUUAGCCGACAGAAGUGUUUUCAAUGCCCUCUCUGCCUCUAGUGCUCUCAAACAUAGCCCUUCCUGCUAUCUGACUGAUUGCAGUGAAGAUGAUUCAAGACGCAUCCGCGUGGCUUUGCUCUACGGGGGCGUGGCAUUGGAAACGCCUUACUAUGAAGCAGAUGCCGUAAGCGCAGCACUUGAACUCCAUACAGCUUCCGCUAGUUCAUCCCUCGAUCUGAAGGAGCUUUCUGCUGAUAUCCCAUAUCUUGCAUCGCUGUGUGAAGAGACAAAACUCGUCGUCGUCGCCCCUCGGCACCUUUCGAAUGCAAGAGCUCCAUGCCUAACCCUUGAUCGGCAUGGAAACAUGGCGGUGUACACCGGGAGAGCUGCUUGUGCUGCUCCUGGUCACGACCAUGCGGUGUUUCGCCCUCUGACCGGAGUCGAAGAGAAUGCCGACGUCAACAUUGUCACUCAAUUACUGGAGCCCAUACUUCGGGCCCGUGAACAAGAUGGUACAAACGUCUUUGAUCUGUUCAGUGCAACGUACCGCCGUAAAGAUGCCACUCCAACUGAAUUGGUGGUCUUCUGCGUGGACUGCAGCUACAGUAUGAACGGAUCUUCCGAUUUUGCAGAGCUGAAUGACGAUGACAGCCUUCCCAGCUCAUCUACAGUUGAUGGUGAUGUUGUCCUUGAUGACGAAGAUGAUACAGAUGUUACAUUGGAAGAGAUCAAGUCCUGGGUCUGUGAUCAUGAGGCAUACGAAGAUAUCCUUCACAUCGUUCAUCACUACCCGCAAUCACGUACCCGAGACGCCGCACAAGAAGUGAUCGAAUACCUCAGAGGCAUCACAAGUCGACACCUCGCAAAUCUGGCCCAGAAGCAGCGUGGUAUAUCCAGAUGGGCUACAUCGACCUACUCCCGAAACAAUACCUCAGCUCGGCAGGAAAUGAACUCUUUGCGAAGAACACUCACCGGACUUAACGUACAUGAGCAAUCUUUGUGCGAUUUCUUGAUCUUCACCGCCAGAAAUCCUCACUUCGAAUCCAAAGAGUUCCGUUGGCUGUAUGGUGACGACCUACCUUCCGCCCCUACCUCAGAGGAGGACCAGAAUGCGGUUGACAUGGGUGAUUUUUGUGUCAUUCCUCAAGAGUUUAUUUGUCCCAUCAGUCAGGUUGUCUUUGAAGACCCGGUAGAUACAUCAGAUGGCUUCACCUUUGAUAGAAAGGCAAUCGAGAGAUGGUAUCGAAUUCGAAGGAGCUCCCCGCUGAGCGGCCUUCCGAUCGAGAAUAUCACUUUGAGGCAUAAGCAGGUGUUGGCAAACCAGAUCAAAUCUUGGGUGAGGGCAGAAGAUGUCAUGGAAUCAUUAUCAUCCACGCCGAAACGCACUCGAUUGAGUAUGCGGCAGUCGAAAACCGUGAUCGAUUUUGUGGCACCUACGGUCAGAUUUACUCGGCAAGUACCCGCGACGGCAACGCUCCUCGAUUUGCACAAGAUUGCGUUCCGAGGCAUGCGCGGUCUCUAUCCCAGAUUCUCCUUAUACGUGGGAGGUACUUACCUACCUUCUUCUGAAGAGAACAUGGUCCGACGAGGAGUUUCUGGUAACCAAACAAUUACCAUCAGCCCCAACCACACCCCUACCGCAGAAAACCCAGGAGCCUUGGGAGGAUCCGAGGAAAUGUGCUUGAUUCGUGUCUACCGAGGGGGAAGGUUUUCUGGUGCAAAAUUCAACUUCUGGGUGCCUCUCCAUUCAGAGUUUACCAUGACUUUGAUCUUGUUUCGCAACUGGCGCUACUUGGUUCAGUGCAAGGCUCGGCCCUAUUCGAACCACGAUAUGACAGUAUGGAGUGGGCUGCGAGACGGUGGCGACAAUGCUUGCAUUGGCCACGAUCAGGACGCUUGGGCUUCUUUGUCUUCUCUUUUGAGAGACCUCUCCAGAACUGAGAUCAAAGAAAAUGAAGCCCUUUUUGAAAGUCUGAGUGAUUCGGCGAGGAAUCGAAACGCUCCUCAUGCUAAUCACUCAUUUUCGGGGACUGGUCAACCAAAUAGAGAAACAUCCGGAGACGGGCAGUAUCGGCGUUGUCGUGUUUUGAAGGUCAGCUUGUACGAUUAUGUUGAUCCGGAAAUCCAUGAGCAGCAGAAACUCGCAAAGCAGAAAACCCUGACCAGACUGGCCGUGACUAAACAGGUUUUUAGCGCAUUUAUCAAUCGAUUGAUCGCGUACAAUUUCCCAACCAAUGUCGGCCUAGUGACCUUCGGAACAGACACGAAAAUCUCUCAGAAAUUGACGGACGUGAUUGAAAACUUCCGUCAAGCAGUGGACAGAAUGGAUGCGAACGGCAAUACUGUUUUAUGGGAUGCCAUAGAUCUCGCAGCUGAUCAUCUUGUGGAGGUGGGUCGAAGCUACGGAACGAUCAAGAAAAGAAUCAUUUGUCUAUCCGACGGCGAAGAUACGUCUUCCGGCAAGAAGGUCGAAGAUGUCUGUCGAAGACUUGCGCAGCAAGAGAUUGUAGUCGACUCGGUUUGCAUCGGUGAAGAAGACAAUUCUGAAUUGCGAACACUCUCGUAUCGUACUGGUGGCUACAAGUUUGUACCAAACUCUAUCGAAGAAGCGUCUGCUCUGUGCGAACUCGAGCCUGUUCUCUCUAUACAUGAGAGACCACCUGUGAGUCGGCCCACCCAUCAGUGGUUUUCACAGUCAACCCGACACGCCAUACCGGACCCUGUUACUAGAGACCAAUAUCCAGCGCGCAAGACUCAUAAGAACCUCAAUGAUACAUUUGUUCGAAUCGGCCGUUUCGAAAACACCGUACAUCGUCGGCUCCGUGAGUCAUCAAGUUCAUCGGGCUCCUCAACUUGGUCUCGGAGACUACUCUUGGAGAUUCGCGACAUUGCCACUCAUCCUCACCCUUCAUAUGAUGUGUAUGUCUCAGAAAACAACAUGGGAUUCUGGAAGAUUGUACUUCAAGGCCCAAGUGAAUCAGCGUAUGCGAGUGGAGCAUUUAUCCUGUACCUGGAUAUGGGCGAAGACUAUCCGCGACGACCUCCAAGUGGUCGAUUCGUCACUCCUAUCUUCCACCCUAACGUCAAUAGACACGGGAGAAUAUGCCACUCCAUCUUCGACCGCAACUGGACCGUCGACACCAGCAACAAGCAAGUUCUCGACACUGUAUUCAGCCUUCUUCUUGUCCCUGAAUUCACUGACCCAAUCAAUACAAUUGUGACACUGAAUUAUUAUUGGGACGAGGUUGCGUUCAGGGAGGAAGUGCAGAAACAUAUUGAAAAACACGCCAACAAAUCGAGAUCCGAGCUGGGACGCGAUAUUGUGGGCGAAUGA